AUGAGCUCCAAGAAAGUUUCCAAAAAGACUAUCCACAAGGCAUUGGGAAACUUAAAGGUCAUACAAAGGAAAAACACAGUUUCACCUUCAGAAACUGUUAGCAUGCUGAAAGAGAUUGAAGCAGUGACUUGUUCUAUGUUUGAGGAUUUGUUAUCUCUCAUCUCUAAACCAAAGCCUAGAAGUUGGUUAUCAGUUUUGAAACUAUUCCAUCAAAGUAGAAUAGCGUACGAAGAUGCUGGAAGAAACGUGAAUGAAAUCGAAAAGGUUGAUGUUGCUUUGAAAUCCUUUGGAAUAACCAAAUCUGAGAUCAUAAAUCUUGAGAUGCAAAACCAGCUAAAAGACUUGGAGCUUGUUAUUCAGGAUCUUGAAGAUGGACUUGAAUGCCUCUUCAGGUGUAUGAUCAAAGCAAGAGUCUCGCUUUUUAACAUCCUUACCCUGUAA